CCAAUUUUAAAAGUCCAAACCAAACAAAAUCCCACAAACCAAAUCAGAGUAUUUAGACCACACCACGGCGCAGGAAGGCAAAAAAGAAAAGAAAACAAGAAAUGAGCGGUAUUGAAGGGAAGCUGAGCUCAUCGAGCUCCGAAUUGGACUUGGAUCGACCCAACAUCGAAGAUUAUCUCCCUUCCGGAUCCUCCAUUCAUGAACCCCGCGGCAAGCUUCGUCUACGGGAUUUACUUGAUAUUUCUCCCACUUUAACUGAAGCUGCUGGUGCCAUAGUUGAUGAUUCAUUCACUCGGUGUUUUAAGUCGAAUCCUCCUGAACCAUGGAACUGGAAUGUGUAUUUGUUUCCUCUGUGGUGUUUUGGUGUGGCUAUUCGGUACUUGGUUUUAUUCCCUGUGAGGGUUAUAGUUUUGACGAUAGGAUGGAUAUUAUUUCUGUCAUCUGUCAUUCCUGUACACUUUCUACUCAAAGGGCACGAUAAGCUGCGGGAAAAGAUGGAGAGGUUUCUGGUGGAGCUCCUCUGCAGCUUCUUUGUUGCAUCCUGGACUGGAGUGGUUAAGUACCAUGGACCACGGCCUAGCAUGCGGCCCAAGCAGGUGUUUGUGGCCAAUCAUACUUCUAUGAUUGAUUUCAUCAUAUUAGAACAGAUGACUCCAUUUGCUGUGAUUAUGCAGAAGCACCCUGGAUGGGUUGGACUUAUACAGAGCACUAUUUUAGAGAGUGUAGGGUGUAUUUGGUUUAACCGUUCAGAGGCGAAAGAUCGUGAAAUUGUAGCAAAGAAGUUAAGGGAUCAUAUUCAGGGGGUUGACAAUAAUCCUCUUCUUAUAUUUCCUGAAGGGACCUGUGUAAACAAUCAAUAUAGUGUUAUGUUUAAGAAGGGUGCAUUUGAACUUGGUUGCACAGUUUGCCCGAUUGCAAUCAAGUACAAUAAAAUUUUUGUUGAUGCAUUUUGGAAUAGCCGGAAGCAGUCCUUCACAAUGCAUCUGUUGCAGCUUAUGACAUCCUGGGCUGUUGUUUGUGACGUGUGGUACCUAGAGCCCCAAAAUCUAAAACCUGGAGAAACACCAAUUGAAUUUGCAGAGAGGGUAAGAGACAUAAUAUCUGUCCGAGCAGGUCUUAAAAAGGUUCCAUGGGAUGGAUAUUUGAAGUACUCUCGUCCUAGCCCUAAGCAUACAGAACGAAAACAACAAAGCUUUGCUGAAUCUGUGCUUCGGCGACUGGAAGAAAAGUGAUACCGUAAUGUACGUUUGUUUAGUUGUCUUCAUCGAUAACGAGAGGCAUAUCUGCUCACUUAAUUUCCCAUUUGUUGUAUGCUGAUUUUUUUUUCUUAGAAUUAGUCGGUGGUUUUGGUCAGCACUCAUAGUCUUUUUUUCCUGUACAUCUGGUUGAUGCUUGGAACUGUUUGUGUGUGUGUGUGUGUGUGUGUUUUUUUUUUCGGCUUUUCGAUCAAAAGAAUACAGUAUAAUGGCGGCAAUGAUCAGCUGGCCUGGCCCAGUUACGUCCAUUUCAUGUGUACAUAAAAUAUGACCCGUAAGCUGCACGAGACCAAAAACACAAAUGAAGAAAAAUUCGAGCUA